UGUUGACAACUGUCAGCUUCGACCUCCUUCUCCUCACAACCCCCAUCUAAAUGGGGAUCGUAAUCCUCCUUCCCACCCACUCUCUUCACUCCCUGGGGUAAGAAUGUUGACUCCUGCUCUCCAUCACCUGUCAGGAUCCAUCCUGCUGUCACUGGCUUAUAUGGACAAGUCAGUCUACUGUCACGUGACCGCAGGCUGCUAAAAACAGCUCUGGCACCCACUCCAAACCAGGGCCUGAAACAAUGUCCUCCACUGAGAGAAACGUAAAGGACACUUGAUCACACAAUCCUUGGAAUAAUAUCCAGGGAACACUUGCCGGAGCCACUCGCAGCACCCUUCCCUGGCAGCGCAUUUGGGGACGGCGCGGAGAUGAGCGCAUCUCUGAAUUACAAGUCUUUUUCCAAAGAGCAGCAGACCAUGGAUAACUUGGAGAAGCAACUCAUCUGUCCCAUCUGCUUAGAGAUGUUCACGAAACCUGUGGUCAUUCUCCCUUGUCAGCACAACCUGUGUAGGAAAUGUGCCAGUGAUAUUUUCCAGGCCUCUAACCCGUAUUUGCCCACAAGAGGAGGCACCACCGUGGCAUCAGGGGGCCGAUUCCGCUGCCCAUCCUGUAGACAUGAAGUGGUUUUGGACAGACAUGGGGUAUAUGGACUUCAGAGGAACCUGCUGGUGGAAAAUAUCAUUGACAUCUACAAGCAGGAGUCCACCAGGCCAGAAAAGAAGUCUGACCAGCCCAUGUGUGAGGAGCACGAAGAGGAGCGCAUCAACAUCUACUGUCUGAACUGCGAAGUGCCCACCUGCUCCCUGUGCAAGGUGUUUGGUGCACACAAGGACUGCCAGGUGGCUCCCCUCACUCAUGUGUUCCAGAGACAGAAGUCUGAGCUCAGCGAUGGCAUCGCCAUCCUUGUGGGCAGCAACGAUCGAGUCCAGGGAGUGAUCAGCCAGCUGGAAGACACCUGCAAAACUAUCGAGGAAUGUUGCAGAAAACAGAAACAGGAGCUUUGUGAGAAAUUUGAUUACCUGUACGGCAUUUUGGAGGAGAGGAAGAAUGAAAUGACCCAAGUCAUUACCCGAACUCAAGAGGAGAAACUGGAACACGUUCGUGCUCUGAUCAAAAAGUAUUCUGAUCAUUUGGAGAACGUCUCAAAGUUGGUCGAGUCAGGAAUUCAGUUUAUGGAUGAGCCAGAAAUGGCAGUGUUUCUGCAGAAUGCCAAAACCCUGCUACAAAAAAUCUCCGAAGCAUCAAAGGCAUUUCAGAUGGAGAAAAUAGAACAUGGCUAUGAGAACAUGAACCACUUCACAGUCAACCUCAAUAGGGAAGAAAAGAUAAUACGUGAAAUUGACUUUUACAGAGAAGAUGAAGAUGAAGAAGAAGAAGAAGAAGAAGGUGGAGAAGGAGAAGGAGAAGCUGGAGGAGAAGCAGUAGAAGUGGAAGAAGUAGAAAAUGUUCAAACGGAGUUUCCAAGAGAAGAAGAAAGCCCAGAAAAAGCUUCAGAGCUCUCUCAGCUGGAGCUGCAGGCUGCCCCUGGGACACUUCCAGUUUCCUCUCCAGAGCCACCUCCAGCCCUGCUGCCUGCUUCGGAUGCGCCUGUGACACAGGGGGAGGUUGUGCCCAGUGGCUCUCAGCAGACCACAGAGUCUGAAACUCCAGUCCCUGCAGCAGCGGAAACUGCGGAUCCCUUGUUUUACCCUAGUUGGUAUAAAGGCCAAACCCGGAAAGCCACCACCAACCCACCUUGCACCCCAGGGAGCGAAGGUCUGGGGCAAAUAGGGCCUCCAGGUUCUGAGGAUUCGAAUGUACAGAAGGCAGAAGUGGCAGCAGCCGCACCGAGUGAGAGGGCAGCUGUGAGUGGUAAGGAAACUAGUGCACCUGCAGCUACUUCUCAGGAGUUAGUAAUCUGCCUAGCGCUUUUGGCUUUUCUUAUACUUCACUACAUCUGGAGUCAGAUUCAGUGCUUGAUUUUUACUUUAAUGGAUUGGAUUUGAGGCUCCUCCCCUCCAGGGACAGGCUGCAGCUCCAGCAAGUGGCAGUGGAGCUGAUUCUGAGCCAGCUCGCCAUAUCUUCUCCUUUUCCUGGUUGAACUCCCUAAAUGAAUGAUGUUCAUUCCAACUGCUGCCCCUCUGUCUGCCUGGCUGAGAUUCACAUGGGCAGCAGGGAGCCCAAGUGAAAUUCAUAUUAUGCAGAUGAUGAAAGGGACCUCUGAACAGAAUUUCUGCAAAAAUACCCAAAACUGUAAUUCCAGAUGACUUAUCAAACAUAUUGAGGGGAAAGAAUAUUUUGAGAAAAUAGUUGGAGAAAGCACUGGAAAAAAUAAACUUGAUCUUAU